AUGGCGAACCUCGCCGAGCAAGUUCAAUGCUUCGUAUUCAUCACCUUCUUCCACAACUGCGGCCACACCUCAACCCGAAAGCACUGCAGAGAUAAACAGAAGAUAUGGGCUAGCGGCACUCACAAACAUCCGCAUGCCGCCUGCGAUGACGCCUGUGAUUAUACAUUGCCAUACUACAGCUACAUGUGGGAUCUAGCAUGCACAUGGUGUCGACAGCAUCCAAAUAUCCCCAGGACUUCCGAGGAAAGGUCGGACACGCCCGCUGCUGGACAGCCAGACCCCCCUCUCCCAAUGAUGGAAAUACUUCAGCGUCGCCACACCUUUAUGACCAUGAUGCGAGUGCAGCGAGAGGGCCAAGCCAGGCUUGCUCCAUACGAGGUGAACCACACCGACGCCCCCCUGGACAUUUUAAUGGAAAUGCUAAUCAGACACGACAGUAAUACUGCCAACGAGCGACUGCGGGCCGACAUAAACGGCGUUCCGCUAUCCGACAGGACUUUUGAGGUGGGUGCCCUGCAUGAGCAUUCUGAGCUCUUCUCUUACGUCGAUGCCAGGACAUACCCCGAUAUCCACCAGGACGACUGCGGCAUUUGCCUUAAGAGUAUCAACAAUAAUUCAAUUCGCUCCCUUCCCUGCGGACACAUAUAUCACCUAAUUUGCAUAUAUGAGUGGCUGGCGCGAAGCGACCCGAAAACUUGCCCUACUUGCAGGCAGACUUACAAUAUUGUUAUGAGCUCUAUCACAGAAAACCCGGACGAGGCCGAAGCAGACAUUGACGCUGCCGCAAUACUCACCGGAAUGUGA